CCAAUUAUAUAUCGUCUAGUCUACUCAAUUUCUCUCAAUUUUCGCAAAAGAAAACUUAAAAGCAAUUUUCCAAUGGCAUCAAUCGCUGGUUUAACCCUCAAAACCCCAAGAAUCUUAGCCAAGACAUCAGAUUCACCGAAAACCAAGUCCAUCAACAACUUCUCAUUCCCAUGGAAGAAGAGGUUCAACACUCAAUUCCCCCGCCUUGUGGCGGCGGCGGCGGCCCCAGAGGGUCUGUCGGAGAAGGUGGCGGAGAGCAUUAAGACUGCGGAGGAGGCCUGCGCCGAGAACCCCGUUAGCGGCGAGUGCGCGGCCGCGUGGGACGAGGUUGAGGAGCUAAGUGCUGCAGCGAGCCAUGCAAAGGACAAGAAGAGAGAAUCUGACCCUUUGGAGAAUUACUGCAAGGAAAAUCCGGAGACUGAUGAGUGCCGCACUUAUGAUAAUUGAUUGAUUUAUUAUUAUUAUUAUUAUUAUGUUUUAAUCCAAUGUUAAGGUUCAAUUGAAAUGCUUAAUCUUGAGCAGCACUAUACUUUGAAUUGUUUGUGAAAUAGAACAUAAUUGACUAAGUUUAGAAAUACCCUAAAUCUACUUUUAAGUAAAUUUUUAUAUUAAUAAUAUAUUGGAUGAGUGAUUUUUCCUUUA